CGCCAACGUGGCGCUACAUGUCAAUCUCCGCCCACCUACCACCUCCCGCGUUCCCAUUGGAGGCUCCGUAACAGACCCCAAUUAUUUCAAGACCCCCCUCCCUCUCCUUCUCCAUUCCAAUUUUCCCUUCUAGAGAGAGAGUCUCUAUUUUGAGAAAGAAUUAGUUAUUAGUUUUCUACUAUAUCAAGGAUGUCGCCGGCUGAACCAUCACGGGAGGAGAAUGUUUACAUGGCCAAAUUGUCCGAACAGGCCGAACGAUAUGAGGAAAUGGUUGAGUUCAUGGAGAAAGUGGCGAAGACGGUGGAUGUUGAGGAGCUGACUGUGGAGGAAAGGAACCUCCUUUCUGUUGCUUACAAGAAUGUGAUUGGGGCAAGGAGGGCUUCUUGGAGGAUUAUCUCUUCCAUUGAGCAGAAGGAAGAGGGCCGCGGAAAUGAGGAUCAUGUUGCCAUUAUUAAGGAAUAUAGGAGUAAGAUUGAGUUGGAACUCAGCAAGAUCUGUGAAGGAAUUCUGAGCCUUCUUGAUGGGCAUCUUGUUCCCUCGGCCUCAUCUGCCGAGUCCAAGGUGUUUUACCUUAAGAUGAAGGGUGAUUAUAACAGGUACCUGGCUGAGUUUAAGACCGGGCCCGAGAGGAAGGAAGCUGCUGAGAGCACCUUGGUGUCUUACAAGUCUGCUCAGGAUAUCGCUUUGGCUGAUCUAGCUUCCACCCACCCAAUAAGACUUGGACUUGCACUUAACUUCUCUGUUUUCUACUAUGAAAUCCUUAACUCACCUGAUCGUGCUUGCAGUCUUGCGAAACAGGCUUUUGAUGAGGCAAUAGCUGAGCUGGAUACAUUGGGUGAGGAAUCAUACAAGGAUAGCACAUUGAUCAUGCAACUUCUCCGAGACAAUCUGACGUUGUGGACUUCUGAUAUCACGGAGGAUGGUGGUGAUGAGAGCAAGGAAGCUUCAAAACUCGAAUCAGGAGAUUCGCACUAGUAAAAUGAGUUCAUAGGAUAUGCAUUCCAUGCUCAACACAAGUGACGUUAAUAUAGAUUCUGUUUGUGGUUGUUGCAUUGAAGAUAUUGAGCUGUUGAGGUCCUUCAGAUUAAGAUGUUGCUGCAGACUUUAAGCUUGUUUUCUCGAUACUAAUGGCUCCAUUGUUUUAAAUAGUACUUUACCUGUGAUUUAUUGUUUAUCAGUAUUUCUUUUCUUCUUCUUUUUUAUUUAUAAUAUCUUUAAAUUUUCCGUUCUU